AUGGGCUCAGAGGAGCAGGGUGGAGGUGUGAACAAAUGCCUCUAUGAGGGUGGAGGUGUGGAACAAAUUGCCUCAGAGUGUGAUGAAGGUGGGGAGGAACAAAUGCCCAGAGUGAUGAGAUACUCAGAGUGUGAUGAACGUGGAGGUGAACAAAUGCACGAGUGUGAUAAAGGGGGUGGCAGUGUGACAGAAUGCCUCAGAAGUGUGAUGAUGAGUGUGGAGGGGAGUAAACAACAACAACAAAACAAAAAACAAAACAAAACAAAACGCUCUUACAUACUCAGCUCUAAUUUCGAAUUCCAGGCAUCCGCACAUCCCAGGAAGAGCGCGCCUUCCAGCCUCCGGCGCAGUGAGGCGUGGAUCCGCGCCGGAACUCUCCAGGACUGCGCCGCAGACAGCGAAGGCCAGAGGCAGUUACAGUUGAGUUUAGGGAGGACAGAAGCGAAUUCCCGAACGCUUGCAGGAGCCGCCCCGCUCUACCUCCAGCCUUUCUCUCGGGACCUAGCGGGACUCUCCCAGGCACGCCUCUUCCCGCCCGCGGGGGCGCACUUUCUCCGCCUGCGUCUGGGGCGGGGCGCAGCUGGGAGCAAAGCGCAGGUGGGCUGGGCGCGGCUUGAGUUUCGGGCGUGGCAGAGUGGCCGCGGGGUCUGGGGAAGAGUUGUCCUGGUCGCAGCGCCAGCCACCAGAGCGCGAGUCAGCGCGGCCAGGACUCUGCAGGGGCGGGUAGCGACCUUUGGAGACGCAACCUGGAGCGGCAGACUCGGCUGCCGGGGCGAGGGCCGGGGCCCGGCACAGGAGCUGCGGAGAUGCUGGCUGCGCUCCGAGGGUGUGGUCCCCUGGCCGUGCUGGGCUCAGAGCUGCUUGCUGAGCGCGGUGCCCGGCGAAGGUGAUGGAACAAUCUCCAGGGCCCGAUAAGCCACCCUGACCUGGGGAGGUUGGAAACAUAACUCCUCUCGGAGUUCCAGCCCCCACGUGGGUGUGAGCAAGUAGGCAGCGCACUGCGACUUGGGACCAUCUGGGCUGGAAUUGCAGCACCAGCGCUCUCCAGCUCUGCAACUGUGGGCGCACCCCUAAGCUAUGUUCGGCCUUUGUACUGAGAGAGGAAGUUGCAUCUCUGGGUGGACACAGCCUGCGGCUCCUGUUGUACAAAGGUCAAGACUUCCUUUGCACCAAGGGACGGGGUGGUGAGCAGAGCAGGCUGGAUUUCUACAUCAGCCCUCCUCCUUGUGUAGUCAGUCAUUGUACACCCUGAACAACCUUCUCCGCAACCCCCAUUUCUCACUAUUCACUUUCAACACGCCUUAAAGGAUUCAGUCCUUCGCCAGCCCGGGAGGGGUCUCUGCUAGACUCAGUGGCUUCUCUGGCCUGUUUCUCUCAUGGGGGCGAUCUUGUAGCUUAUGCAAGGUCUAGUCUAUGGGAGUAGUAAAACCCCACGCUUCCCCAGUCUCAGAUCCUCUUCCAUGCACACCACAUGCUUGUCUGAGACCUGGAACCCUGAAGCCGGAAGAGAGCAUGGUCAGCUUUUUCUCUAUUUUUCCCACGUGCUGUUCUUCUCCUGCUUCUCAUUCACCAGUUGUUUUGAUCCUUGCAGGGCCAGGCCCAGGAGAAGAAUGGAUUGGAGAAGGGACACCAUGUUUCACAGCUGUGACAUUUGCCAUCGGGCCUCAGGACACCCAAUGGCAGAGGUACUUUGAAGAUGUUUCCACUUCCCUUCAAAGAUGUUCAAUGUCCCUGCGUAGAAUGAGAGAUGCCACCUUCUCCAGCACGAGACACAUCCCCAGGUGAUCCCUUACCACCCAGACUCCUGGGCGAGUUGGGAAGAAAGAACAGAAGUCAACGCAUCCCAUUUAUUUUCAAGGCACACCCAAAACGUAUGAACUUAGAUAUUUCACAGAGUUUCCAAUUUACCUGCCUGUAUUUACCAAAUAAGUGUAUGAUUUCUCCCCAAACGUUAUUUUUUUGCAAGUUACAUGCCAAUAACCACCACUGAACAUAAGCUGAUAUUUUUGCUGAACUAAGGAUUGUGAAUUAUCCUUGUGGCAUUCUUUGACUUCAUCACACAUUUCAAUUACUUCUCUAAGCACUGACUGUCCCCAUAAAAUAUCUUUAGUUCUUUUCCCCUAUGAAAUGUGCUGCCAACAAUAAUGUUUUACUAGAAAAUAAUGUACAUAAAUUAACAUGAUCAAAACCUA